CCAACAGGAUCCACGUCUACGCAAUCUACGGGAGAGGCCCCAGUGUUCAGUGUUUGCGUUCGCUCUCCUCCACAUGACCCCAUGAUACCUGGGGCAGGAAGGCGACAACAAUGGCUUGUUACCCAAUCAUAUCGUCCGCAGAAGCACACAAGAGGGGUGCAGGAGAUGAACAAGACCCCAUUGACGUUCAUUGUCCGCUCCUGGCGAUCCAAAGAGGCAGGUUGAAAGCGCUCAGUUACAUCAGUCGCACUAACAAGACUGCUUUCCCUUGUCAAGCCUAUUGCCAUUGCUGUAUGUGGUCUUAUUGUCCCUGCUCCUAUUCACCCUCUCUUAGAUAACAGUAGCCCGCUCGUCUUUCAUCAAGGCGUUAAAGCAUCUGGUUUGCCACCGUACAAGAGUCCACAGAUCAGUGGUCAAACUGUCUCCUCUGAUCUCACUCCUUCUUUGCGUUACAUUUCCAUCUAUCCAAUACCACGCCUCGACGUAUCACCAUGCAAAAAGUUCAUACCGACUAAUGUCCUACAUCUCCCGGCAACUGGACAGCUUCACGAUAGCCAUCCAACAACGACAUCAAGUACACAAUGGCCGUCACAUUCGAACCAUUGGUCCGGAUGCCAAGGACUUGCAAAAUUUCCCCAACUGCUGCUUUUGCCUCUGCUCCUCCAGAUACUUCAACCGCCUCAACCUUGCUCGCUACUACCAAGCGUCGUGCGGCCUCCUCUCCGGCCACUUCAGCCAAACCUGCAAAGCGUUGCAAAAGCUCGAACCCCUCAUCAAAGCCCGACAGUGCUUCUACUCCUCUGGGACGUCACGAUUCCUCCAGUUCGGCCGUCCCAGUCCUUCCCGCCCAAGAACUCUCGACUGUGCGACAUGUCGGUGUCUCAACUCUGGCUCGGGAAUAUUGUGACUUCUCGCACUUCUUUUGGGCAAUGGAUCCAGGUAAACGAUACGCCAUUAUUGCAGAGAUUAGAGACGACGGGCUGGACGGAAGGGGGUGCUGGAGUGACCUUCGUUACUAUCCGCUAUACGCCAAUAACACCUGCAAGACUACGUUCCUCCUUCUAGCCGAAAAAUAUCUUGACCAGAAGUCGAAUCAAAAAGCGAUGGCGGAUGACAAGCAAGAAAAAGAUACCAUGCAGGACAAUACGAACACGGGCGAGGGCCAAAAACCUCCGAUGAGUCAAUACGGAUGCUACCGCUGCUACACGCUCCAGCCCGAGGCAGCGUUCGAAGCCAUGCCUCCCCACGUCGUCGUGUCUCCCUGCGGACGUCUCACCAUGCACGAAGGAAAGAAUGAUCUUCCGGCAUUCCAAGAAGGACAAUAUCUUCUCCGGAGGUACUGCAUUGAAUGCGGCGUCAGGGACGGCUUAUAUCCAGACAAUGCCCUGGUUGAGUCAAUGACCAAUCAGAAGUGGUGGGUGUGCAAGUGUCGGCGUAUACAUUGGGUGGCGCCUAACGAGUCGUUUGUAGAGUGCGGAUUCUGUCUUGGGAAGAGUGCGUUCAGAUCGGUGGAACGGGAAGGCACAGAGCUUGUUCCUUUAGAGGACGUUCCCCUUCUGGAACUGGGUCCCAAUCAACAUCAGACGCCUAUUUGGCAGUGUAUAUAUGGAAUUCAACAAGCUUAUCAAUGGACACUCAAGUAACUGAC